UGUGGUGGGAGGAGAAUACUGACCUGAGAUGGAAGUCAAAACGUCAUUUAGCAAAGCCAGUAGGAUUCCUGAAACUGUAUCCACAUUAAUUAAUGAAGAAUUUGUCCUGGUUCAUCAGCAGUCUGAGGGGACCUCUGGAAAAGAUGAAAAACCUCAGCUAAAGGUGUUUUCAAAUGGAGAUGAUCAACUGGAGAAGGCAAUGGAAGAGAUACUGAGGGAUUCUGAAAAAGACCAGAACAAUUUCACCACUCUCCGAGAAGGUUCCAGUGAUGCAAGCAGCCAGGGAGCUGGAGAUGAGCCAGCAGAUCAAACAAAUCAGCCGUCUUUACACCUUGUUUUAGACCCUUCUACUACAGAAAUCUCCGCACCAAGGCCAUCUUCUCCUAGUGAACCCCUGGAAGAAGACAGCGUGUUGUUUAACAAACUGACUUAUUUAGGUUGUACAAAGGUGUCUGCCCCUCGAAAUGAACCAGAAGCUCUACAUGCUAUGGCAAACAUGAAAUGCUCAAGUCAAGUCCCUUUACCCGUAACACUUUAUGUUCCAAACAUUCCAGAAGGCUCUGUAAGAAUAAUAGAUCAAUCAAGCAAUGUGGAGAUAGCCUCUUUUCCAAUUUAUAAGGUGUUGUUUUGUGUACGGGGACAAAAUGGAACUUCAGAGAGUGACUGUUUUGCAUUUACUGAAAGCAGCUGUGGAACUGAAGAGUUCCAGAUCCAUGUUUUCUCCUGUGAGAUUAAAGAGGCAGUCAGCCGAAUUUUAUAUAGUUUCUCAACAGCAUUCAAACGUUCUUCCAAACAAGCAUCUGAUCAUGUUAAGGACUCUGUUCUUCCUACUCCUGAUAGUGACGUGUACACUUUCAGUGUUUCCUUAGAAGUCAAAGAAGAUGAUGGAAAAGGAAAUUUUAGCCCUGUGCCAAAGGAUAGAGAGAAAUUAUAUUUCAAGCUUAAACAGGGAAUUGAGAAGAAAGUGGUGAUUACAGUUCAGCAACUCUCGAACAAAGAACUGGCCAUUGAAAGAUGCUUUGGGAUGCUACUAAGCCCUGGACGAAAUGUGAAGAACAGUGACAUGCAUUUACUAGACAUGGAAUCCAUGUCUGAUGGGAAGGCUUAUGUAAUUACUGGAAUGUGGAAUCCUAAUGCACCAAUGUUUCUAGUACUUAAUGAGGAAACUCCUAAAGAUAAGCGUGUUUUCAUGACUGUGGCAGUGGAUAUGGUUGUUACUGAAGUAGUAGAGCCAGUCCGGUUCUUGCUGGAGACUGUUGUGCGUGUGUAUCCUGCCAAUGAACGCUUCUGGUACUACAGCAGAAAAACCUUCACAGAAACUUUUUAUAUGAAGCUAAAACAGUCUGAAGGAAAAAGCCACACAAGUGCUGGGGAUGCGAUUUAUGAAGUUGUCAGUCUACAAAGAGAAUCUGCAAGAGAGGAAGAAUUGGUCAGCCCAACAAGUGGAGGAGGGCCUAUGUCAUCCCAGGAGGAUGAGGCAGAAGAAGAGAGCGAUAAUGAACUCUCCAGUGGCACUGGUGACGUGUCAAAGGAUUGUCCUGAGAAGAUUUUGUAUUCCUGGGGAGAAUUACUGGGGAGAUGGCACAAUAAUCUUGUUGUGAGACCAAAUGGAUUAUCUACCCUAGUGAAGAGCGGUGUUCCAGAAGCACUGAGGGCAGAGGUUUGGCAGUUGCUGGCAGGAUGCCAUGACAACCAGGCAAUGCUGGAUAAAUAUAGAAUUCUCAUCACAAUGGAUUCUGCUCAGGAGAGUGUCAUUACACGAGAUAUUCAUCGUACGUUUCCAGCACAUGAUUAUUUCAAAGAUACAGAAGGAGACGGUCAGGAAUCUCUAUACAAAAUCUGUAAGGCAUACUCUGUGUAUGAUGAAGAUAUUGGCUAUUGCCAGGGACAGUCUUUCCUUGCAGCUGUGCUUCUACUUCAUAUGCCGGAGGAGCAGGCAUUCUGUGUAUUUGUGAAAAUAAUGUAUGACUAUGGCUUGAGGGACCUCUACAGAAAUAACUUUGAAGAUCUCCAUUGCAAAUUUUUCCAGCUGGAGAAGUUAAUGCAGGAGCAGUUACCAGACUUGCAUAGCCAUUUCUCAGACCUCAGUUUGGAAGCUCAUAUGUAUGCAUCCCAGUGGUUCCUCACUCUUUUUACUGCCAAGUUUCCACUCUGCAUGGUCUUCCACAUCAUUGACUUACUACUUUGUGAGGGUAUGAACAUAAUCUUCCAUGUAGCCUUGGCUCUCUUAAAGACCUCAAAAGAGGACCUUCUACAAGCUGAUUUUGAAGGAGCUUUAAAAUUCUUCAGGGUUCAGUUGCCCAAGAGGUACAGAGCUGAAGAGAACGCCAGAAGACUUAUGGAACAAGCUUGCAACAUUAAGGUGCCAACAAAAAAGCUGAAGAAAUAUGAGAGAGAGUACCAAACAAUGCGCGAGAGUCAGCUGCAGCAGGAAGAUCCUAUGGACAGAUACAAGUUUAUAUGUUUGUAGGUAACUCUCCUGCUGUUGCACUUUUACGGGAGAUCUUCAUGAGACGCAGAAACAAAGGGUGAUUCUCAGCUACAGACACAAAAAGGAGAAAGUACACAUUGUUCUAGCACGAGCUGUGUGCAGUGGCAUCCACAGAGACUUUUGGAAGAUGAACUCUUCCUUGACUGAUAUGAUCCUUGUUAUUCAUCUCUGUUUAUAUCAAGCGUUAGUAAUUUUUUGUUAAUAUAAUGCCUAGUAUGGUGGGACCCAGAGCUCUCCUAGGCUCCCAAGGUACUACUGCAAUAGAAUUGCUAGUGAUAAAUACCCUGCUUUAAAGCAGCAGAGAAAUAAAGGUUCAGUUAUUAAUACGAUAGCUUGAUAGUUCACCAAAAAAAAUAGUUCUUUAAUUUUGGAUGAGCAUUGCUUAUCUUUCCAAUGUAUUUGCUUUUAUUGUCACUGCUACAUUCUGUUGCCAUAGAUUUUUGUGUGAUGGAGGCUCUGCCUCUAGGCAUAUACUUCACUUAGUGUUCAGGAUCCAUUUAUUGCUUACGCUGUUCUGAAAAAUUCAGUUUUCUUUAGGUGAAGCUGCCAGAGACGAAGCACUUUACUGCCCAUUGCCCAAGUGAGCUGGGGACUGGCAUUGCGUACAUAUAUAUAUAUAUAUUUACCUGUACUGUUUUCCUGCUGUUCUUCAUUGUGCCUUAAUAUGUUAUGUGAUGUUGAAGUUGGUACAGAGUCUACCAGGAGUGUGGAGUAGUGAAUAAUCAUACAGGGUGCAACAGGUUUACGUGGUCUGUGAACGUAAGGGAAGCACACCAUGGUCAGAAAACCACGGUGUGAAAACCUGUAGUGAAAGACUAUGCCAUAAUUUAUGAAUGUGAUGAGAUAGAGUUACAGGUACAGACAAAGUAAAACUGACUUUUGGGUUUUUUUAAGUAUUUACCUGUGAAAAAAUAUGUUUUGAGUGUAGUUCUUUUGAUGUCAAAGGGUGUUGAUUUUCUUGUUUGUGAGAACUGGGACUGCCGUAGCAGCCAAGAGCCAAUAGUGAGUAUGACCUAUUUAGAAAAAAACACAACUUGCUGCUGACUAAGUGUUUUUCCAGUGGUUCGCUUAUAGUACUGUGGAAUUAAAAUAAUACCUAGAAAACAAACAAGACUUCUUUAAAGCUCUGUGGAAGCAUAUUAACUAGUUAAUCUUGAGUGAUGGGUGGUGAAGAACAUUAUCCCCAAGCUGCAAGUGAGUAUAUAGAAAGUGACUCUGGCCACAGUUUAUGUGAGUCACUGUCACAGACAAGAUCGCAGCCUGGGGUUUUGGCUUGCACUUCUGCAACUCACUGUGUGAUCUUUUUAUUAAGCCAGAUUGGGUCUGAUCUUCUUAGCAACGCUGUGAUUAGAGAGAGAGUCCCUGUAACCAGUUAGUUGCACAUUAAGUUCAAAGUUCGGACGCAUUCUUCAGCUGAUGGGUGUCAUGGAGAAAUGCUUGUAAGUGCUGUCUGUUCCUUGUCUUGCGUGUUGCGUCAAGCUGAGGUUGGUAGGAAUCGACAUUUCAAGAGCGUUUCCAAAGGGAAGCAAGAAACGCAAACUGUGUGGCUCCCUCGCAGGCAGAAAGUGGAGAGCCAGCCUUGCUUGUCCCUUAAAUGAUCGUUCUGCAGCCCGUGUGUUUAGAAAUGCAUUUCAUUUUGGCAGCAUCAGUGCUAGACUUUGCCCAGUCGGGCUUGGUUUGGGAAAGGACUGAGUCUACGCUGUUGCAAAGCCAGUAUUGCCUCUGAGUGCGGCGUUGCUGUCAGCUUCCUCUGGCCUUUUGCGCGCUCCAUGUGGGCCAUGCCCUAAAGGCCUACACUGUUGUAGUUUUUACAGUUUCUCUUCCCAGAGCAAAAAAUGAGGUUUUGGUUUACUGCCCGGGAAGGGGAUGUUGCUUGGACGGGAUCGCUAGAGUGGAGAUCCCUGCAGAAUAUUCCUCUUGUAGGUCAAGAAGGAAACAAGCUUUCAGUCUGUUGGUAGCUUUUAGUUAUAGUUGUUGGAGUUUCUGUUGUUUGCAGCAUGUUACGGUUUUUAUUGCCAAUAGAGGUUCAUCAGGACCACAGACACAGUGGCACUUCCGAGUUGCAGUGAUGAAGGAUGUCUUGAGCAAGACCUGUGACCUGGCCCCCAGUGGGAACAGCAGGAGAUGGGCUGUGCGCUGCGCUGGGGUGGGAGCAGCCGCUGCCCUGGCAGUGGGGCCCCUGCUGCAGGGUGCUCUCCUCCUCCUGGCCCAUCCCUGCUGUGCUGUGAGGUGGGGAGGGAACUUGUGGGAGCCAGCACAGCUCUCGCGGGUGGGCCUGACGUUCAGCCAGGCCCCAGGGGGAGACCAGGACUGAACCAGAGCAGUGCGAGAGCGUGGCAUGCUUCUUCCUCUCCUCCCCAGCGCUCGGGUCCAGGCAGUGUUCCCGAGCAUGGGAACGGUGGGGCUGAGCAGCCUCCUCAGAGACGCCGGGGAAGAGAUGCUUACAGUAUGUCUGGGCAGGGUGCUCCUCUGAUCCCACCAACCCCAAACUCUCCGUAGGCUCCAGAA